UCCUCGUUUUAUUCCCAUCAUCCCCUGCCGCGAGCCCUUCGCACCAGUCAAGAUGGCGGACAGACCAGUUCCUGUAGCUGAGAAGCGACUCAUGGAUGUGAAACUGGGCGAGCUGGGAAGCUGGCUUGGAGGUCGAGAUUUCACUCCCAAUGGAAUCAUUGCGUCCAUCCGCAGGGGCCAUGACAGAUAUUACAACAAGUACAUUAAUGUAAAGAAGGGUGGAAUCGGUGGUGUGGCUAUGCUUCUGGCUGGCUACGUGGCCCUAAGCUACCUGUGGGAAUACGACCACAUCAAACAUGACCGCUGGAGGAAGUACCACUGAUCCCCUUCAGCAGCCAUCAGGAGUUGAACAUGAAUCUCUUCGCUCCCCCUGCUCUUUGUAUUUUCAGCUCUCUGUGUUGAAUAUGUGACUGUUGUGACCAAUAAAAAAAUAUUAAGAUUUA